AUGGGCAUUGUUCAUGCAGCCAUUGCUAAAACGGAGGCUCUCAGGGCACUUUGUGAGCAAUGGGCCAUCAAAGUCAGUGAAAUCAAGAGCCCGGAGUCGGAAUACAGAGCAAAACGUCAAACGCUGCUGAGUAACUAUGAAACUGAGCUUAGCCAACUACGGCAGCACUCGUCUGAUCCUAAUCAGUACGCAAAGCGAUCAGAUGCGGUUCUUCAAUAUGCUGGUGACCUUAGAGAGCUAGACAUCGAGUAUCACAGUUCAGUCACUCUACUGGAACAACGAUUUGCAGAACGACUAGAGGCGGCAAACAAGAAGCUUGCAUGUGAUCUAUUCCAGACUUUGGAGGAUACUCUAUGGGACCACUCGGUUUCAACUGUACUCAACCAGUGUCUCAAGCAAUGUUUACGUCCUAAGGAACAGGCAAUUGAGCCUGAUCGUGUAGAGACGUUGCCGGAAGCUCGAAAAGAUCAAAACACUGAAUCCGGCAUCACACUCAAAGACCCAAUAGACUCGGGAGGGGACCAGAGCCAGGGUUCACGCCCAUACGCAGACAACUCCGAUCACCAGGAUCAGGCUUUGACACAGAACUCAGCUUUCAGAGAGGUUAGAGCCCGGACCCCAGAUAACACCCUGCAGCAGUGCCAGUCGGCAAUCAACCCGACACCUCCAAUCCGAGAUCAAGGGCCAUCAUCACAGUCAAACCUAGCCACGGACGGACAAGGCGCUACUAGCCCAGUGGGGGUUCAAGCCCCAGCCCCAAGCACAGCUCAAGAGGCGAACCGACUUUCAAGGGAUGUUGUUGACCCACACUCAAGGCCAAGCUCGAGAGCGAUGCCAGCUUCGGAGACAAAUUUGGAUCAGAACGGAGGGAGAGCACGAUUGGACAUGUGGCCGUCUUCUCAGAUCCCAAAUCAGUCGGCAUCAUCUGCUAAGAGGGCAGAGACUCUAAACAAUAACCCUGGUGGAGAAUGGACUGAUUCUCUUGUCGCCCAUCUUCGCGCUCCUCUGAAGAGGCUCCAGGCGGAAGCAUCCAAUCGAAAACAAAAACGACAAAGACUGCCCAUUGAGCCAUAUGAUAUCCCUGAAGAACGAGUAAUUCCCUUUGAUGAAGUCUUCCAAGAUGGAAACGCACAAACCAAGUCCAUCAUAGUUCAGCAUCCUCCAGAUCUUGGCGAUUGGUACAUCAUGGAGUGCAAGGAGCACAAAAAACACUUCCACAAGGAUCCAAUUAGAGGGGCCUCUCGGCACCUCAUAGGUCAAGGGCAUGGGAUAAACGGGGACCACUCCCUUGCAGUCAAGAUGCUUGGGACCCGCGUCCUCCACUGCAACGAGAAACUAGUUGCGAAGAACAAUUGGAUAACAAGGCAGUCAUUUCUUGAGGUUGCGAACCCUGCAAACGCGAUUUUAGGGAGCCGAACCAAAGAAGAUAUAACACAGGAGGUUGGAAUCAUCCCGGUUGUUGGCGAGAUAUACGCUAUCAAAUGUCCGAGGCUGAGCCAUACUUACCCAAUUCUCGUUCUCCCAUGGGCAGCAUUAGGCCAUUUCCCGUACAUGAAACAACUAUUACGGGACACUCCCCCAUGCUAUCUGUUUGACAAGGCUGUUGAUCAGUAUCCUCGGGGCUGGGCGAAGGAUUAUGAGGAUGGAGGCAGCAGAUUCAAAGAUAGGGCUUAUCCUGUUGUUUACUUUCACAAGGACAAGUUUCCAGCGCAGUGCGAUGUUGGUUGGGUUCCUAUAACCAGCUUUAAAGUGUAUGAUCCUGACAAUGUCGGGGUUGUUUGCUCGAAGCUUGUGGACCGAUAUGUCCAGAACAAAGACCCCCGGUUGACACCCAACUAUCGCCACUCGACAGAUGCGAGUAUCGUCAUAUUAGACGGUGAUGAUGACGAGGAUACACAGAUGCAAGUGGAAGACCGGAAUGACAACCCACGGUCUUUCGACCCCUUUGCUUCAAAGAGGGAUGAUACCGACGUGCCCCGUUCUCAAAGCCACACACAAGAGUCCAACACUGUACAUGGGCCAAUGGAAAGGAUUGAGUAUCCCUUCGUCAGCGCCAGGUCAGAAGACACGAGAAAGGCGGGCUUUCACACAAGCCACGCAGCUACAUCGACAUCCAAACAGCCGAUUGUUAACGUCGUGGAGCUUGGAGAGGUCCAUGCCGAUAGCGCUAUCAACAGGCCAGCUCCACAAAGCGUGGAUACAUAUAGCCGUGUCUCACUGAGGCCAUUGUAG